AUGGGGAACUGUCUACCUGUAUUGUUCCCCUCAAUGCGUCAUUCCGAUGAUCAGUCACAACUUGACGACAUCACUGCCCAGCAUUCAUCCAAUGUGCAACCUAGACAACCGGUGCAAAGUUCUUAUGUGAACGAAUUAUGGGCCCAGGAGAAUAGGCGAAGCUUACAGGCAGCUGAGGCAAACAAUGAACGUGGUAUUGCGCAAACGGGUAAAGCGAGGUUGUCGGGAAUGCUCGAGCAAAUUCCUGCGGAUAAAUACGCGAGAGAUGCUGAGUGUGCGAUUUGUAUGAUAGAAUUUGUGGACGGGGAUGCGAUACGUUAUUUGCCUUGUAUGCAUUGUUAUCAUGUGGACUGUGUGGACGAUUGGCUGAUGCGUUCAUUUAAGUGUCCAUCUUGUCUUGAGCCGGUCGAUUCGGCGAUACUCUCCUCGUUCACAGCACACACAACCACUGAUCUCCACUCAUUGUCCUGUUCCCCGGCAACCCAAGGACCAAUCCAGAGAUCGCCGCCACCGCCUCCAUCUUCAUGA